AUGGAAAAGGACAACUACAGGAAUAACGACGGUUGCAACAUUGCAGAGUCGAGAGGAGGCACUGGAGAUGAAGAGACAGCACACGGAGAACUGAAGCCUGAGGAUCGUAGCAAUAAAGAAAAUGACGACACGUUCAACCUGCUGGAUGUGGUAGCAACUCGGAGUCAAAGAGGCACCGCUAAUGCAGCAGAGGCAGAGCACCGAAAGUUGGCGUCAUUUGAUCAAGCAGGAACUAACAGGAAGCCAAAAGGGAAUCCGGAAAAUGAAGCUAACCAGAAAAGCGAUCUCGCCACUAUUGCCAACCUGCCACCGGCUAUUUCUGCCGAGCAGUCCACUAGCGGGGAUGACCUUGAUAUGCUCAAGGUUGUAGAAUUGCGACAGAGAAUACAGGGAAUUGGUAUGCAGGAAAACGCAACCGAUGAAACCCAGACUGGAGGGUCAGAAUCUCAAGAUGGUGAUUUCGACACUUCGAACAAUCAAGAACAACUCUCCGUCCCUGCCGCUGUGCAACAACAGAUCAAUGGCGAACAAGCACAAGAAAUGAGUGCCACUGGUAUCGUUCCGCCACCCUUAGCACGGGAGUACAAUGUUGUCCGUAGACAAGAUUCUCAGCCCGGAGCUUUUGCCAUGGCUGGGCCUGGCCUUGAUGAAGAAGAUCAUGUCAUUGUUAUCGACGAAGACGACCGCCCCUCCAACCCGACUGCUCCUAUUAUAGGUCAAAACAGCGGCCUCUCCGUGGCUACAUUGGUAGAUGAGGAUGCUGAACGCCCUCAAGAUAUGCCACAGGCAGCAGAGUUUAUCACUACCACUACCCCAACAUCACAGCGAAAAACAAAGACCAGUGUUUUGGUAAUCCUCGGGUUGAUUGUAAUCAUCAUCAUCAUCUUGGCGGCAGUUUUGGUUCCACGUCAGCGAGAAACGGACACUGAUGAAGCAGUUCGAACUCUUUCUCCAUCCGCGGCCCCUGCUUCCUUUGAGGACUAUGCACUUUCCCUGCUCCCAGCAGAGACUCGGAUUGCCAUUGAUGAUGACCCAGAAAAAUCUCCUCAAACAAGAGCAUUCAACUGGCUCUUGGAGGACAUUAACAUCGCGCCAGAUCUUCCUGAAAAGCGCCUAAUCCAAAGGUUCAUUCUCGCUACAUUGUACUAUUCAACUGGGGGUGACCGAUGGUUCAGCAACACCAAUUGGCUCAACUACAGUGUUCAUGAGUGUGACUGGCACAAUGAACCAUCGUUGCUAAUGAUGGACACAAUGUCAAAAGCAUACUCUGGGUUCCUGGAAGACUUCUUCCCUUCGGACGAACCACCUCCCACUACCUGCGAUGAGGAGGGACUGUACCAGCAUCUUUGGUUGGACCAAAACAACCUUGCGGGUUCACUGCCAGAGGAAAUCAACUGGUUGACAUCGCUUUUGUCCAUCUCUGUGACGAGAAACUAUCUGGAGGGAACCAUUUCGACUGGUGUAGGACGACUCACCAAACUGAUUGCCUACUCCUCAUCCUUCAUGGUGCACGAUGAGCACAUACGUCCCAUACCUUCACAGUUUGGGCUGUUAUCCAGCUUGAGACUUUUGGGACUGGUAGGAAAUAACCAUCAAGGCUCCAUUCCCACAGAGUUGGGCCUUUUGGGCCACAUGGAACACCUAGCUUUAGGGCAGAGCCAUCAACUGAAAGGAACCAUUCCAUGUUGCUAUGCCAAGUUGAGUUGGCUAACCUUGGAAGAGUGUGAUCUUACAGGCACCAUUCCUACAGAGCUUGGGCAAUCAGAUCCACUAGAAAUUUUCCUUGUGGAUGACAAUAAAUUCUCUGGGACUGUGCCAACCUUGGGGAAGUCUCUCCAUACCCUGAGUUUGGAGGAGAAUCCUCAGUUGUCUGGAACAAUCCCUGAAGGACUCUGUCAUCUCAACGGCACUUGUAUUCAAAGCAACUUUGUGGACCCAUGCCCACCACGAUACAAUCUUUCGUUUGCCUGUACCAGCCUGCUGUGUGGCUGUGAUUGUCCUUGUGUGUAA